AUGUCAUCCUAUAACAACCACGGCUCGGCCUUCCCAGGUGGUCCUCCAUUCUUCCAGGAUACCUCCAUCAGCCACUUUUACACUCCUGAAAACGAGGCUGUGAUCCAAAGAGCUUGGGCAGAAUCCAUCGAUCCAAUCCUCCGCUCUACUCAGAACAUCCGGGAUAAUUCGUACCAGGAAUCCAGAAUGCCUUAUCAGAACCAACAGCGACCGCUCGAGAGAUUUCUUGAUCAAACAGACAAUCGCGUCCUGUUAAAUCACGAGCAGAUGCAAGGUUUCUCUCAAGCAUUCCCGCACAACCUCAGCAAACCAUCCGCUCCCAUCCAAUCCGUGCCUCAAUCUUCCCGUACCAGAAUGAUCUCUCCAUGCCCUUCCCAAGAGCCAACUUCAACCAAUUCCAGCAGCGCAAGCCCUGGUCCGGAUCCAGAAUGGCUUAGUGAUUCCCAAUACUCCCCAAUGAUUCAACCAAAGGACGAUUUCUACUUUCCUCCAACUGGCGCAACUUCCUUCAUUGGUCAAGGUUUCGAUUGGAGCGGAGCUGGAAUUGCCCAAGUCCCUUCCUACUCUCGAAAUAGUGGAAUACCAUGUGUCAACAUGAGCCAAAUCCAGGGACUUCCUGAUAUGCAACCCGAGGAAAUGAUUUACGAAGGUGGUGACGAAGGCUACGGCGCACUUGAUAUGAAGAACGAAUACGCUAUAGAAGUCAAGCAAGAGCAAUAUCAUAGCCAGGCAUACCAGUAUCACGAAAUCGACGAAGGAAUAGGCGCGUCCAUCAAAGAUGAGGCCUCUCCUCAAGCAUCUGGAAGUACUCAGACACACAAUUCCGACAUCGACGCAGAAGGCGAAGAUGAUGAAGAUGAGGACGCCAACGACGAAGAGGUAGAAGAAGAAGAGGAGCAGCCCAUCCAAAUUCCCGAACCUGUCUCUGACACAGAGUACACACCCAAACGCACCUCCCGUCGCAAACCCCAUCGCGCAUCCCAUUCCAAAUCCUCAAAAUCAGGAAGAGUCUCCAAAUCCACCAACACUUCCAAAUCACGAACCUCUUCCUUGACCUGCAAACAAUGUCCCAGCCUUCCCAUCCCCUUUCGCACCACCACCGACCUCCACACCCACAUCACAACAACCCACCAACACCAACUCCGCGCCUACACCUGCGUCUUCCACUUCGCCGGCUGCCCCUCAACCUUCACCUCCAAGAACGAAUGGAAACGCCACGUCUCCUNCCACAUCACAACAACCCACCAACACCAACUCCGCGCCUACACCUGCGUCUUCCACUUCGCCGGCUGCCCCUCAACCUUCACCUCCAAGAACGAAUGGAAACGCCACGUCUCCUCCCAACACCUCAACCUCACAGCCUGGGUCUGUGAACUCGGCCUCUGCGCCAAGUCGGCGCGCAAAAGCGAGUUCAACCGCAAAGAUCUCUUCACGCAGCACCUACGACGGAUGCACACCCCCUCAUCCAUCAAGCGAGGCGCCUCGUCGAAGAAGAACGGCGAGUGGGAAGAGAGGGUCAAGGAGUUGCAGCGGUGUUGUGUGGUUGUCAAGCGGGAGGCGCCCGAGCUGGUGGGCUGUCCGGUGAGGGGAUGCGAGUCCUUUUUCGAGGGCAAGGGAGCGUGGGAUGAGAGGAUGGAACAUGUGGGGAAGCAUCUUGAGAAGGGGAUUUUGGAGGGAUUGGGGGUUCAGGUUAAUCAGGGGGAUGAUGCACAUCUUGUUCUGUGGGCACUUGGGGAGGGGAUUAUUGAGGGGAAGCCCGGAUGUGGAGGUGGAGGUGGACGGUUUGGGUUGUGUGUUGCGGAGAAGGAGAGGAAGGGGAGAGGUGCGAGUGAGGAAGGGGAUGUUGAUGCUGAGGGGGAGGAAGAUGUUUGA